GUGCUCUUCUCAGAUGUUGCAGUGGCUCUGGGAUAGAAGAGGAUAAUGGCUGGGAGAUGCCUCCCACUCUGUUGCUUCUUCUGAACCAGUUUAACUUCAAACAUGGGAGCAAUGGAAAGGGUUGUUUGAUGGAACAGCGAAUUGGCAGUCGUUCACACUCUGUGAAUUGAGUGUUUUUAUACCAAGAUACUACCAGCAGCUCUGUCUCAGCGACCCACUGCCUGAGGAGGUCGCUAUGAUCUCCACAGCUCUUCGAUGGCUGGUCCUGGUGUCUUUCAUCAUUCUGACCAUUGGUGGGAAUGUACUGGUGUGUUUGGCUGUAGGGCUCAGCCGUCGACUGUGGCGCAUUGCUAACUGCUUUGUAGUGUCGCUGGCAGUAACAGAUCUCCUGCUAGGCCUGCUGGUGAUGCCUUUGUCCGCCACUUCAGAGCUGCGUGGUGGACAAUGGCCCCUCGGGGGGACCCUGUGUAACAUCUACAUCUCCACUGAUGUCAUGUUGUGCACAGCCUCUAUCCUGACCCUGCUGGCCAUCAGUGUGGACCGAUACCUCGCCAUUUCAGGUCCCCUCAGCUACUCCCGGAGAGUCACGCCUCUGAGGGCGACACUGGCCAUGAUCGCCAUCUGGACCUUGUCACUGGCUGUGUCCUUUGUGCCUAUUCACCUGGGCCUGAACACAGCAGACUACAUAGUGCAGCAUUUGGACUGGAGCAUUGGAGAUGAGGACAAGGAGGGACGCUACUGCCAGUUUGAAUGGAAUAACAACUAUGUUAUAAUUUAUGCCUCUGGCUCAUUUUACCUGCCUCUGCUCCUUAUGUGUGGAAUGUAUCUUUGCAUAUUCAGAGUGGCACGAGCACAGGCGAAGCGUAUUCGUGCUGCCAUUCCAUCAUUUGCACGCACAGCAUCAACAGCAGCAAUCGCCCGAGAGCACAAAGCGACAGUGACCCUGGCAGCUGUACUUGGGGCCUUUGUCAUCUGCUGGUUACCCUACUUCACCUUCUUCACCUGCAUGGGCGUUAGAGGAAAGACAAUCCCCCCUAACACGCUUCACUCUGUGGUGCUGUGGCUGGGCUAUUUUAACUCGGCUCUGAACCCCAUCCUGUAUCCUGCCUUCAACAGGGAUUUCCGAAAGGCUUACAGUGAGUUGCUCCGCUGCAGAGGACUGUCUCGCAGAAAACUACAGCUUUUGCCUGUUUUUAGGCAUAAAAAAUUUACCCUUACUAAUGGAGAAAGACUUCCCCAGCAGUGUGAGAAACAUGUUGGCACGAUAAAGAAAGAAGUUGAGUAGUCUCACCUUACAUGAAAGAUAUGGACUCUCUGAUGAGUCAAGAUGAAAUGUAAGGGAUCUGUUGGACUACAGACUGGCAGCAGAGUGCUGUUAAUGAGAACUCCAUCUCUCACAGAGGCAGUUCAGGUUACCAUUUCCAGUUAAAUGCUUGGCAUUAAGUGCCAAAAACACAGUUUGUGUGAAGCUCAAGGCACAACAACACAAAUGCACAUUCAUAUUUUAUUAAGAUUCCUAGAUACAAAUGUCAGAGUUCAUUAUCUUGUUUGAGAAGUGCCUGUUAUUUCCUGAGCAUUGUCAAAUUUUACCAUCAAUGAUUUAACUAUACUGGACACACACUAAAAUGUCAUUCAGAAUCAAAAGGCAGAUCAGAGCUGAACUGAGCAGGAAGAAUAGAUGACUUAGUAAGUUUCCCUGAAAACUGCAGAGACACAGAUGGUUAAAAGUUUGCAAGAUGUUUGUUUUCUUUCCCGUAAUCCAUGCCAAUAAAAGUGAAUAAGUGACCAGCAGGUUGAUUCCAUCUUUACAAAAUGUUUAAGUUGACUCAACCCAAGCAGCUUGACCUCAGUGACUUCAUAGAUGCUUGAACAAAUUGACAACAACUGGACAGGACUUCAAUUAGAAAGGGUAUAUUUUUCUGUUUGUAUGCUAUAAACAGCCAAGCCUGAGUUACGAAGGAACAUUCAUUUUAAAGUCACGUGAUUCGGUA